UAACACAGGGGAGGGAGUUCACUUGGUAAAACUGACGGUGAAACAUGCAGCAGCUCUUUAUAUUUGCCCUCAGCCUAUUAACAUGGAUCCCAGCCUUCCUCUGCAGGAUAACCACCGAGGGAGAGCUAUCAGUCAUGGAGGGUCAGCCCCUCACAGUCCCAUGUCAUUACGAGCCUCAGUAUGCCAGCUAUGUAAAAUAUUGGUGUCGGGGGAAGAUGAAGGAAUUCUGCACCAGUUUAGCUCGGACGGAUGAGCCCCCUUCAGCCGAUUCAGCUAAGAAGAAAGUGAGCAUUUUUGAUGACCAGGUCCAGCUGGUGUUCACCGUGACCAUGAACGACCUGAAGGAGGGGGACUCUGGGUGGUACAUGUGUGGCGUGGAGAUAGGUGGUGUGUGGCACUCUGAUGAUGUUGCUUUCACCAAUAUCAAGGUUAUUCAUGGUAUGUCAGUGUCGAAAAGCCGACUUACUGGUGAAGAAGGAAGUAGUCUCACAGUUGAAUGCCACUACAGUGAGAGAUACAGAGAGAGUGAGAAGAAGUGGUGUCGGAGUGGAGACUGGAGCUCCUGUCUGCUGAUAGAUUCAGAGGGGAGCUACGAAGACACUUCAGUGGCCAUCAGUGAUGACAGAACUAGGACUUUCACUGUAACCUUAAAGAAGCUGCAGAUGCGAGAUACGGGCUGGUACUGGUGCUCUGCAGGACAGCAGCAGAUGGCCGUGCACGUGCUGGUCACACCCCGACCAGCAACCACUAUAAUAUCUUUAUCUCCAGCCCCAGUGUCUGUGACAUCCCCACCUACACGCCUACAGUCUGUUGCAUACCUGCCUCCACCCAAACCCAUCACUAAGUCCUGGAACAGUCACAGUCACAUCUUGGAGUCUCUGCUGGUGUGUGCUUCUAUAAUGCUGCUUGUGGGCUUGGCCAUAUUGGUGAGAAAAUUGUGGAAACAGCACAAGCAGGAUCCUUUGCUGAGACAAGUUAAGAUGAUAAAAGCAAGGCACAAUGAGUACUCAGGGGAUGUAGGUGACCUGCAAAACGCUGCCGUCGUUUUCCUUAAUAGGGAUUCUGAGGAAGUACAUAUGUACUGAGCUUUGUCAGCGCAGCGUUUAUUGUUACUCUUUGUAACUGAAUGUAAUUUUUGAGUUGGUUCAUUGCACACAACACAUGCUUUAUUUCCAGUGUUUUUUGUAAUUUAAACAUCAGCAUGUUUAAAGACAUUUUGAUGUUUUCUACUUGCUGUUUUUGGUAUGCAACUGGUAUAUUCUGGAGAGUUUACAAGACUAUACUUUUCCUAUAAGCCAGAUUUAUCAAAUAUAUAAUCACGUUGUCCUCUACUUAAUUUUUUGUCUGUUACUACCACUAACAACACCAAGGUCUAUUAUUAUGUAUUAUCAUAUUUUUUUUUUAAUUGGAGAUUUCAACAAAUUGGGUUUUCAGUAUAAUCAUAUUUGCUUUCUUUUAUUCUCAUAAAUCCAGUAAAUCAACAAAUAAUUAUCUGAUGAAUAAUUUUGACACUAGAUUUUUAUGCGUAGAAAAAUAUGCCUAAUUUUACAGGUCCAUUAUUAACAUUUUCUAUGAAGUUCCGUGGAAAGAACUUGUAAUUUGGUAAGAAAAUUAGGCAAAGUUGAAAUGUUUGUUAUUAAGACAAACCCUUAUAACAGAUUUUUGGUCACAUGAGGGCAGCAGAAGCAUGAACACAAGUGACCUCUCACCUUUGAUAUGACAAACUUAAUGUGAUGUGCAGCGGCACACCAUUAGGUUUGCAGUCCCAGAUGACCACACACAUUGCAAUUUAUACAAUGGUUUGUAUGGUAUCCUACAAAUCUGCAUCCCACAGUGUAUUGUUCAUAUGAUCACAGCCUUCCGAAAUAUGUUGGCUAUACAUAAAUUACUUGCACAACAUUAAGUGGGACAUUUAUGAAUUUUGGUGCAUUAAUUUUCAUAGGAAAACAUACAAACAGUGCAGGCAAACAGUCCUAAUAUUGGCUAUAUAUAUUUUGCAACUACAAUAAACCUCCCAUAAAGGCACUGUACCAAAACAUCUCCUAAGUGGGACCCUGUCCAACAAACAUAACAACUAUAAACCGUUAAGACACUUAGCUGGCUACCUGUAACUGUCAGCAUACAAUGUUAGGUGUAACCGUCAGCGUAACAGACAGAGCCAAUGAGCCUCUUUUUCCUGGUUCCCCUAGAGUCUAGGAGCGACAUUAGCAUUCCUUUGUAACCUUUUUAUGUCUCUAUUGGAUGGAGGUCCAAUGUUGUAAACUCUCCUUUUAGCUCCAUGUUUGGUCCUCACCAGUUAACAAGGGAACUAUCUGGCACUUUUGCUUCUAAAUGGUCCACCAUGUUUACUACCAAGUUGCUAAUUGCUAAUUGUUGCUAAUUGUCUGUCAGUUGGAGCAGGUUAAGAAACAUGGAAUUGUUUUUUAUUUAUUUUUAUUUCAUUUUUUUUAACUGUUAACACCUGCCUGCUGAACAUUAUGAGAGCAGAGAGUAAGUUGUUGACUGUAAAACAGAU